AAGCUAGUCCAUUUGGAGAAAACUUCAGUCAAACUACAAAUCUUAAACUGAAAAAGAGAACUCUUACUGGAGUAAAACCAUAUGAAUGCAGUGUGUGUGGAAAAGUCUAUAUGUGUCAUUCAUCUCUUAAUAGGCACAUGAGAUCUCAUAUUGAACACAGACCAUAUGGAUAUCACAAAUAUGCAGAGAAGUCAUAUGAAUGUAAGGAAUGUGGGAAAAGAUUCAGCUUUCGAAGUUCAUUUCGAAUCCAUGAAAGAACUCAUACUGGAGAGAAGCCCUAUAAAUGUAAACAAUGUGGUAAAGCUUUCAGUUGGCCCAGUUCCUUUCAAAUACAUGAAAGAACGCAUACUGGAGAGAAACCCUAUGAAUGCAAGGAAUGUGGGAAAGCCUUCAUUUAUCAUACGACCUUUAGAGGACACAUGAGGAUGCACACAGGAGAGAAGCCUUAUAAAUGCAAAGAAUGUGGAAAGACCUUCAGUCAUCCCAGUUCAUUUCGAAACCAUGAAAGAACUCAUUCUGGAGAAAAACCCUAUGAAUGUAAACAAUGUGGAAAAGCUUUCACAUAUUACCAAACUUUUCAAAUACAUGAAAGGACACACACUGGGGAAAAACCAUAUCAGUGUAAGCAGUGUGGUAAAGCUCUCAGUUGUCCCACAUCCUUUCGAAGUCAUGAAAGGAUUCACACUGGGGAAAAACCCUAUAAGUGUAGAAAAUGUGGAAAAGCUUUCAGUUUUCCCAGUUCCUUUCGAAAACAUGAAAGAAUUCAUACGGGAGAGAAACCCUAUGAUUGUAAGGAAUGUGGAAAGGCAUUUAUUUCUCUUCCUAGCUUUCGAAGACACAUGAUAAUGCACACAGGAAAUGGACCAUAUAAAUGUAAGGAAUGUGGGAAAGCCUUUGAUUGUCCCAGUUCAUUUCAAAUUCAUGAAAGAACUCACACUGGGGAGAAACCCUAUGAAUGUAAACAAUGUGGUAAAGCUUUCAGUUGUUCUAGUUCCUUUAGAAUGCAUGAAAGGACUCAUACUGGAGAGAAACCCCAUGAAUGUAAACAAUGUGGUAAAGCUUUCAGUUGUUCCAGUUCAGUUCGGAUACAUGAAAGGACUCACACUGGGGAGAAACCCUAUGAAUGUAAACAAUGUGGUAAGGCCUUCAGUUGUUCUAGUUCCUUUCGGAUGCAUGAACGAAUUCACACAGGGGAGAAACCCUAUGAAUGUAAACAGUGUGGUAAAGCUUUCAGUUUUUCUAGUUCAUUUAGAAUGCAUGAAAGAACUCACACUGGGGAGAAACCAUAUGAAUGUAAACAAUGUGGAAAGGCCUUCAGUUGCUCUAGUUCCUUUCGAAUGCAUGAAAGAACCCACACUGGAGAGAAGCCUUAUGAAUGUAAACAAUGUGGUAAGGCCUUCAGUUGUUCUAGCUCUAUUCGAAUACAUGAAAGGACUCACACUGGAGAGAAGCCAUAUGAAUGUAAACAAUGUGGUAAGGCCUUCAGCUGUUCCAGUUCUGUUCGAAUGCAUGAAAGGACUCACAGUGGAGAGAAACCCUAUGAAUGCCAGCAAUGUGAUAAAGCUUUCAGUUGCUCCCGUUCCUUUCGAAUCCAUGAAAGGACUCACACUGGAGAGAAACCUUAUGAAUGUCAGCAAUGUGGGAAGGCCUUCAAGUGUUCCCGCUCCUUUCGAAUACAUGAAAAAACUCAUACUGGGUAG